ACACGGGUUUGGAUGGUCCAGUUUCUUUUCGCGUUUCCUUUUCUUUCAUCAGGCAAUAUACCCACGCAAUUUUUGACGAGUCAAAUCGGUUGUUUCUUUUGCAUGAUCUGCUUUUGGUAACUGUCGUCUGCAUCUAACCGCCGAGCCCUUGAUGCCCAAAGCCAGCUUGAGGUCACCCUGCACGAGGCCGACCGUCUUGCCGGCCGCCAUGCCCCACCCGUCGUUUGCAAUCCGGCGUCCAUAAAUUUCCUCAUCCCAAUCGGUUACUCUUGAUGUCUCUGAGGUUGAGCAAUUCCCUCUCCAUCUCUCACCCGCACAAUCCUCAUCCCUCCUUCAACCGGCGAAUGAUUUCGCAAGCCCUCAAUAAACAAAGCGGCACUUCCAGUAUCACGGCGUCAACGUAGCCUCGACUUCCUCGAAGAUGCCUGACACGUCGCCUCACAUGUUCGGUCUUGGGGAGAGGUUGAUGGACAUCCCACCUGUCUUCUACCUUCUCUUCAAAAUUAUCGAAGGAAUUCUUUUUCCUCCCCAACCGUUCACCCCUCGCCUGGCAAGCAACUCCGACCGCCUUAGACCUGCAUCUAUCGAUACUUGCAGUCCCACUGAACCUCAAGAAAUAUCCAUCUACAACGACCACCGACGUACCAUCGACGGCUGGCAUGCCGUAAUAGGGUGCAUUCUUAUCAUCUUACUCUGCUCUGCCCUCCGCUUCUCCGAAGACAAAUGGAACAUGAGCUCCCGGAAAGGGCGUUGGUCAUACCGUCUCGACUGGAUGAAAGAAGUCAACUACCCGCCUGAGACUCGCACUUUAGCCCCGAUCAUGGUUCCUUCACACCAAGAUUACCGCCUCACCCAACGGCGCGAGGCGAUAAGAGUACUCUUCAUGGUUAUGGUCACAACAUGUGUGUGUCCGAUCACGGAAUAUUUUUUGUGCACUAGGGCAGGAAUUUCGGAACGACUGCAUAACAUUGUGCAAGAAAACACAGCUGGAGAAUCAUACGCUAUGUUGGUGAAUGGGCUUUUCCUGGUUUAUCUGAUCUUCAGAUAUGGUAUCCUUCCUUGGUUCGUGACUGCGGUGGCUAGUGAGAGUAUAGUCUUGACAAUGCUCCCUCUUUACGGCGACGCGGAAAAUGGAAUGAGUGUCUGGGACAGAUGGAUUGAGAGGUGGAUAAAUGCACACCAGUUGGAGAAUGUAGUGGAAGAGGCCCGGUACAUGGCCGCGAUGGAAGAUCUCGACCCAGGACCGCAGAACAUGCCAACAGACUUCGGUCUCUUGGACUCCCAUGUGCCUGAGUUGACGGUUGACGUAUCCUGGCGUGACAAGUAUAAAGGGUUUUCCUCAACCGAGUACUUUGCGGGCUUGAAUGGAGAGAGAAGUGGCCCGUCGAUUGUCACAGGUAGAGGUAGGUGGGAAGUGACUAUGGUAACUUUGUAUGCAUAAUAGAUGUAGGAUUCUAGCCAAUCAUAGCACGUAUUUUAUGCGAAGCCCAUGCAUUGUGCAUGCUCUGAUCACGAACAA